UCAAUAUGCGGGCUUCAAUGACACCAGAACAAUUGCAACGACGAAGGGAACUGAUCGAAGAGUGGAAAAGAAAAAGGAUGGAAAACCCUCUAUUGGACUGGAUUGUUUAUGGAGAAGCUGUAAUUCUAAGAUCGGAGGUUCACAUUUUUAGAAAAAAUAAAAAAAUCUGA